CUACAACCACCACUUUUCCCUCUCCAACCUUUAGAUCUGCAAAACGGCAGUGAUCCUUUGCGUGAGCCUCUUUUUGACUGCUACACAUCUCACCCCUACAUUUCAAAUAUGUCUGAGACCUCUGCUGCCUGGCCCCUCGCCGACGAGGCCCUUACCCAGAACCUGCUCGACCUCGUGCAGCAGGCUUCUCACUACCGCCAGCUGAAGAAGGGCGCCAACGAGGCCACCAAGACCCUUAACCGCGGUACCUCCGAGCUGGUCAUCCUCGCUGCGGACACCUCUCCCCUUGCCAUCCUCCUCCACAUCCCUCUCCUCGCUGAGGACAAGAACAUCCCCUACGUCUUCGUGCCCAGCAAGCUUGCUCUUGGCCGUGCUACCGGUGUCUCUCGCCCCGUGAUUGCGGCCAGCAUUACCAGCAACGAGGCCAGUGACCUCAUGGGCCAGAUCCGUACCAUCAAGGACAAGGUCGAGAGACUGAUGAUCUAAGGAUUGACCCGACUAUGGGACUCCGUUAAGGAAGGAUUAUGUUUCCUCUCGUUGCCGGGGAAGAACGACAGGGUCGCUCUAGGCUUUGACGGACCAUGACAGGUCAUGACGGAUUGUGGUUUCGCAUUAGGAAACGAGCAUUAUCCAAUAUAGCUGGAUGGUGUAAUUGAUCCCGGAUACUCGAUUGGCGCCUGUUGGACUCUUGUAUGUUAGUGCAGAAAAUAAAAGUCUUCAUGACAAAAUCUCCCAGGUCUCUUGUCAUUGUGAGCCUGAGUUGCCUUAUUUCAGGCGACUGG